CUUGGAGGCUCCGGAGGCGGUGCCGCACAGGACAGAGCGGAAGUGCUCAGCUGGCCCUUCCCGGACCGUGCGAAGCGCCGGCGCGGCUGCCUGCCCGCGUCCUCCUUCCCGCGGCCCUCGGAGACCGCGCUCGGCCGCAGGGAGCGGCGAGAAUGUCCGAAGGUGACAGUGUUGGAGAUUCUGUCCAUGGGAAGCCUUCUGUGGUGUACAGAUUUUUCACAAGACUUGGACAGAUCUAUCAGUCCUGGCUAGACAAGUCCACGCCUUACACAGCCGUGCGAUGGGUGGUGACACUGGGCCUGAGCUUCGUCUAUAUGAUUCGAGUUUACCUCCUGCAGGGCUGGUACAUCGUGACCUACGCCUUGGGGAUCUACCACCUCAAUCUUUUCAUAGCCUUUCUCUCGCCCAAAGUGGACCCUUCCUUGAUGGAAGACUCAGAUGACGGCCCCUCAUUACCAACCAAACAGAACGAGGAGUUCCGGCCCUUUAUUCGAAGGCUUCCAGAGUUUAAAUUUUGGCAUGCGGCGACCAAGGGCAUCCUCGUGGCUAUGGCCUGCACCUUCUUUGAGGCUUUCAAUGUCCCGGUGUUCUGGCCCAUCCUGGUGAUGUACUUCAUCAUGCUUUUCUGUAUCACCAUGAAGAGGCAAAUAAAGCACAUGAUAAAGUACCGGUACAUCCCGUUCACGCACGGCAAGAGGACGUACAAGGGGAAGGAGGACGCAGGCAAGACGUUUGCGAGCUAGGUGCUCGGCCGGACCCACCAGAGCCUGAGGACGGUUCUGAGCCAUUGUAACAAUGCCUUCUUCCUUCACAUAAAGUAGUUGAUUUCGAGGGAGUCGAAUUUUCUUUUUAAAAAGGAGCUUCAAUUAUUUGUAACUGAAAUGUCAGGUUCUUGAAGAAACUGACAUUUAAACCAAA